AGACACAACACUUGAUACAGACACAACAUCUGAUGCAGACACAACAUCUGACACAGACACAACACCUGAUACAGACACAACACCUGAUGCAGACACAACACCUGAUGCAGACACAACACCUAAUACAGACACAACACCUGAUACAGACACAACAUCUGAUACAGACACAACACCCGAUACAGAAAUAACAACAACUAUUGCUAGUACCAGUAAGUAA